AGACGGAAUCUAUAUAGGCACACCGAGGAGCCGUGGGGGGCCGAGCCGAGCGAGGUCCUGGUUGUACGCCCACGUCCCGCAGCGUAUCAGCCAUCAUGGGAUUGUUUCGGCGCAAUACCGGUGGGUCGGCCGCUGCAGGCUCCUCCUCAUCCUCGGCCCCAGUCUCUCCCAGAGGCCUCGGUCGGAAGUCGACCGAGCGCGCCAAUGCCCCAGCAAUGUGCCGCACGUCCACGGCCGGCACGGUUGGGUCAGAAACAACGGCCGAGAACCGUCUCCGCCGCCGCAGUUCCACCUUCUCGCAAUACAGCUUCAGCGAAGCGCAGCAGGACUUCCAGGAAGAGACCCUCGAUCCCGGCCCAAACCCCAAAAGCACCUCAAGAAGGUGGAAGUCGUGGCUGCCCGUCAUGUUCGCCUUGGUUCCUCCAUUCGCUGGCCUCAUCUUUAAAAACGGAACCGCCUUCUUCAGCGACCUUAUCCUGCUGUGCCUUGCCAGUAUCUUCCUCCACUGGUCCGUCACGGGACCAUGGAGAUGGUACGACGCGGCCCAGCAGGUUCGAGAGGACCAAGAAGGGGCCCUGGAGGAGUCGUUCGAUUCUCCCAAAGGCAAAGCGCCCGCAAAAUCCGACAGUGAAUCGGAAUCAUGGCGCGACACACCUCAAGCUGCUGAAGCCCGUCAGGAGCGAGCACGCCAGCUAGAACGCGCCCUAAUCCGGCUACGAAUCUUCGAAGUGCUGGCAUUGGGGGCGUGCUUUAUCGCUCCCGCCAUAGCCACGUACUUCCUCUACUCGGUCCGAUACCUCCUCAGUCGGCGCUCGGAAGGCGUCAUUGCUAACGUCAACAUCGGCAUCUUCCUCCUGGCUGCCGAGGUCACCCCGCUCUCGCAUUCGAUCAAGCUGAUAUUGGCGCACACGCUGCACCUGCAGCGAAUCGUCCACUCGAACCCGUACCGGACGGUGCGUAUGACGCCCUCGCGGUACCGCGCCCUGCUGGCGCGGGUCAAGGAGCUGGAGGAGCAGAUGCUCGAGCUGGCCGAGAGGAAACCGUGCGAGGGGUGCGACUGCGGCGACGCCCAAAAGCAGCAGGCACAGGCCCGGCAGAUGCGCGAGCAGGUGACGCGGGAUGUGCGCGCGGCCGUCGGCCCCGAUAUCGAUAGUGUCAUCCGUGCGGUUAGACGCUACGAGAAGAAGACCAGCACGUUGACGAGCGAGACAGACCAACGCCUGGCGGAAUUGCGCCGCAGCCUCGACGAUGUCAUUGCCCUGUCGGCCGUCGUUGCCAGGAAGAAGGCCGAGGGCUGGGGCAUCCUCGGGAAGCUCGCCGGUGGCGGUUGGUUUGUGGCGACGCUGCCGGUGACGGCGACGGUCGCUACGACCUCGACGGUGAUGUCUCCGGUGCUGCGGGGGGCGAAAUGGCUUGCCCGCGAGGGUAAGCAGUGGUUGGAUGAGCUCGAUGAUGCUCACGAAGGCGGUGAUAGAGAUGGGCGGCACCAACAACGUAACGACCAGGUUAGGGACCAGCCGGUUAAGCAAAGGCCGGUUGCCGGGGGGUCGUCAUUGGUGCCCCGAUCAGGUACCCCUACGCUACGGUAUGCUUGAGGUUCUUUUUCUUCUCGUUUGGUGCCUUUUGUAUGAAAUAGGGGCGGACAAUAAGGGCUCAGUGCCGGGUAUACUCAGACAGCGUUUUUUCUUUGGCCAUGCUGCGUUCCCCAGCCGCGAUACUCCGAGGUUGGUAAGACAACUUCCCAGGCAAAGUUCCACGGUUGUUUCGCUUUUUCGCCGGGCCCACUGCGCACAAGGGUACCGAUC